AUAGAUAUAAAAUACGAGUGAGUCAAAUGAUGAAAGAAGUUUUGCUAAACAAUCCGCGGCUAAAUGUCUUAGUUUCCGUGCUCAUUCGUUUGAUAAUACUGGUCGUAGGAUUGUUUGGAAAUGGUUUGGUGGUGUUAGCUGUUUGGAAAAAACGCACAUUACGAACGACAACGAACUUAUUAUUGCUGAACCUCGCCAUUUCUGAUCUUACAACUCAGGUUUUUUGCACAUUGAUGUUUAUCCCGGAGUUUACGACAUUAGGACAUCGGCCCUGGUCUGAUAUCUUUUGCAUUUUAUUCGUCUCAACUAACGUACCAUUAACGACAACUUUCGUGUCGAUCUUGACACUGACUGUACUCGCUGUCGAGAGGUACCAUGCUGUUGUAAAACCGAUGAGAAGUGAAAUAAGAUUAAGGGAGGACACUGUAAAGUAUGCUUGCCUCGCUGUUUGGCUUGCAGGGAUUAUUCUAGCACUUCCACUUUAUAUUUUUGGUCGGUAUGAUGAAGAAUCAGGCAGGUGUCUCCAUGGCUGGAAAGACGGUGUGUUUGGAUAUCAGAGCUACAGAAUCUUUCUUGCUGUUAUUAUUGUUCUCCUUCCAUUUCUCAUCAUCAGUUUUUGUUAUGGCCAAAUCCUUCAUGAUUUGUACUUCAAGAACAAAGUGGGACCACAGAACAUAGCAUUGCAACAAGAAACUCGUGAAAAACGUAAACUCUUUAAGAUAUCCAUGACGGUGACCGGGGUUUUUGCUUUAUUUUUAUUCCCUUAUGCUAUUUUUAAUGGUCUUAGGGAUGAUACGGGGAACUUGUGGUCAAGAGUUGCAAGGUUAGUUUUCUUCUCUCAGUCGGGUUUCAAUCCUCUUAUUUACUCGUUUCAAAGUACAAAUUUCAGGCAAGCCUUCAAGGAAAUCUUUGUUUGUCGAGCUUGUUAGCACGCCCUUGGAGAACUCAAGGAAGCAAGGAAGCAAGGA